AUGGAGAAUAGCACAAAGGUGACUGAAUUCAUUUUUGUGGGGAUAUCUGAUGACCCAGACCUGCAGAUCCCCCUCUUCUUCAUAUUCACGCUCAUCUAUCUCAUCACGCUGAUUGGGAAUGUGGGGAUGAUGGUGUUGAUCCUCGUGGAUUCUCAUCUCCACACACCCAUGUACUUAUUCCUCAGUAAUCUGUCCCUGGCAGACUUAGGUUACUCCACAGCUAUCACUCCCAAGGUGAUGGCCCAGCUCCUUAUAGGAAGCAACGUCAUUUCCUACAAUGCAUGUGCUGCUCAGCUGUUCUUUUUCGUCGUCUUUAUCACAGUAGAGAAUUUCCUCUUGGCUGUGAUGGCCUUUGACCGCUAUGCAGCCGUGUGCAAACCCCUGCAUUACACCACCAUCAUGACCACAGGUGUAUGUGAGUAUAUGAUAAUAGGCUGCUAUGUCCUUGCUUUCCUGACGGCCUCCAUCCACACUGGGAACAUAUUCAGCCUGUCUUAUUGUAGAGCCAAUGUGAUUAAUCACUUUUUCUGUGACGGUCCUCCUGUCAUGAUUCUCUCCUGCUCAAACAAAAUCAGAAACGAAUUGCUCUUAUUUACUUUUGUGUGCAUCAAUGUUAUAUUUUCUACUGGGAUCAUCUUGAUCUCCUACCUGUUCAUAUUUGUCACCGUUCUGAGGAUGCACUCCUCAGAAGGUCAUAGGAAGGCCUUCUCCACCUGUGCCUCCCACCUCACCGCCAUCUCCAUCUUCUAUGGGACAGCCGUGUUCAUGUAUCUACAGUCAAACUCCAACCGCUCCCUGGGUACUGACAAACUGGCCUCUGUGUUCUAUGCCAUAGUCAUCCCCAUGCUGAACCCACUGGUCUAC